CCACGCAGCUGAAAAAUACAUAUGUGUGUCUUGCAAGGGCUUGUUUGAGAAUGCUGCAACGCUCCUGAAACAUGCACAGGAAGACCAUGGAAUGCAGAUAUACACAUUUCCAAAGGAGGAGAGGCCUUUCUCAAGGUCCCGGUCUGUGUCUGUGGAGUCGGUCUCUCAGGUGGACUCCCUCUCACCCAAGAGCACAACAUCUAGCACCAGCAAGCAGCUUAUUCCCAAACCAAUAGAGAGCAGUUUACCACAAAUUAUUCACCCUCCACUGGCUCCUAUACCAGUCCACAGUCCACAUUCUCAUCCUGUAGAUGGUCACACGCCAACGUUUCCAGUCUUAAUUCGUCCAACGGGCCCAGAUAGGCUGUAUUCACCUGGGUUGGAGAGGCUUUAUCCCCAUAUAAAUCACAUGCACCGGAGGGAUUUUCAUAUGCCUCCUCCAGAGAGUAGAAUCACUGAGCUACCACCACAUAUAUCUCCUGUCAGCAUAGCCGACUUUCACACUCAGCUGCCAUUUGUCCCCCCUCCACCGCCACCCCUACCGCCACCACACCUUCAACCGCAACAUCAACAUCAACAUCAACAUCAACCACCGACGGAUUCCAGUGCUGCAAACCACUUGAAGCUGUUGGCCAAAAAGAGCCCACCACUCUCACCACACAGGCGUCUGCCUUACCCUGGCUAUCCGACCCGCAGGUAUCCAUCUUUCUCGUCCAAGGGCAAGUCAUGUGAAUUCUGCGGGAAGACGUUCAAGUUCCAGAGCAACUUGGUCGUCCAUCGCAGAUCUCAUACAGGUGAGAAACCUUUUAAGUGUCAUCUGUGUGAUCAUGCCUGCAGUCAAGCCAGCAAGCUAAAGCGACACAUGAAGACACACAUGAAUAAACCACCAUCGGCAAUGGGAUCCGCUCCAGAUAUGGAUGAUAAGGAUGAAAACAGCAAUGAGGAAGAAGGGCAAGAGGGAUCAAUGGGCACCGGCGAUAGAAAGAAUAUGAGUGAUAGCUCCUCCCCAGAAGAGGAAGAGAUGGAGGAGGAAGAAGAAGAGGAAGAGGAGGAAGAGGAGGAAAAGGAAGAAGAGGAAGAAGAAGAGGAAGAACCUGAUGAGGCAGACAUGGUUGAUAUAAAACCAAAGGAACCUGAAAGAGAGAAUGAAGAAAUAACUGUGAAGUCUGAAGGUGAAGCCAAAUCAUCAGAACAAGAAUUUGAAGAGGAAAGAUCCAAGGAAAGGAGGCCAUCAAGCGCUGAUGUGGAACGCGUGAGGAAUGUGAGCAGAGGGAGUCCUAAAGGACUAUCACAUCAUCAUUCUUCAUUGUUAAGUGAGAUGAUGGUCAAUUCUGGAUUAGAUGAAAUUCAGCAAUACAGCGAAGCAUUUAAGCAGGCCAUAGCAGAACGGAAUAUAAUCUUUGGAAAGCCUCGAUCGUUGAGUGAUGUAUCGUCACCAGAAAACCACCAUCCACGUAAUUCUAACAGCAGGCCACCAUCCAGACCACAUGAUCACCACAGUCCCAUUGAAUCAAGUUUGAUGGCAAGGCUACGAGCAGAGCAUACCCUUUUCCAAGGUAAUCAUCCUUUAACACAAGGUAUAGUAGAGCGUAGUGCUAUGUCUGACUUGGAACUGGUGACCAACCGCAUCAAAAUGGAACCAUCAACAUCAUGGCCACCUUCUCCUUUAGCAAUACAUAGAGAACCACUCAUGUCAUCACCCGUCCGCUCGGAUGCCAGCCCACUUGGAACAACAAAUGGCGGUCCAGCUGCUUUCUUUGCUCAGCGUCGCUUCAUAGAAUCCAACGGUGGCAUGCCAUCCAACGCCGUACUGCCAUACUCAAGUCCUCCCAAUAGAAUGAAGCCACAAAGGGCAUCGGAGAAACGGAGCGAUACCUGCGAGUUCUGUGGCAAGCGGUUCAAGAAUUGCAGCAACUUGACGGUCCAUCGUCGUUCACACACUGGUGAGAAGCCGUACAAAUGUCAGCUGUGUUCAUAUGCUUGUGCUCAGAGUAGCAAGCUUACACGCCACAUGAAGACCCAUGGUCAUGGUGCAAAAGAAGUCUUCAAGUGUGAGGUGUGCAACAUGCCCUUCUCUGUCUACAGCACUCUAGAAAAGCACAUGAAGAAAGAGCAUUGGGGGGCCAUCAAGGGGUUGGCUCCCCGUACCGACGCGGUGGGUGCACGAAUGUACAGCUACAAGGCCAAUCUACCAGGAUUGUCUAAGUGAUAUGAGGUAGUCACUCUAAAAGAACAACCUCAAAUCUACAAGACUUGCCUGUCUUGAAUGAGAACAGCCACUCAAGGCUGGUUCUUCCUUGCAGCUGAUUCCCGUCGUAUUCACUCCAUGGAGUGAAAAUGUCUGUCUAGUAUAACUGUAAAUGUUCCACAACCCCUAGUUUGCAGUAGCUUCUUAGCAACUUGGAUAGUGGUGAUCAAAUUAUCACUCUAAUUCCCACAUGACAACUCUUUAGCCAGCCAUGUACUGUCUUCAUUACAAAACAGGCAAGUCAUUUUUAGCAAGCUUACAUUUGCAGCCUAUUAAUGCUCAAUGCUAUCUUUAAAAGCCUUUUGCUAUUGAACAUGAUAUGGGAUAUUUUUGUUCACUUAUGGGCAGUCAAAACCGCUAUACAGUGAUUAUUUAUAAGAAAUUUCUUCAUAGAAAUUUGAUAAUUUCUUCUGCAGAAUCUGAGUCUGAAAUAGAAAAAUAAGUUGAUAAUGAAAUGUACAAGUUUUUUCUACAUUUGUGAAUAUCCUAAGAUUUCCACUCUUCAUGUAUUUCUACGUGGGAGAAUGGAGCUUUCCAUGAAGUGAAUUGGAGCUACAAGAUAUCCAUUCCAUGUCUGUCUGCCUGGUGUAGGGGUCUUAUGUAUAAAGUAGUGUAGGCAAAAAUAUAGCUUUCUUUAUCCUGUUCUUGCAUCUUCAAGCGAGCUUAUCGCAACACAGGCCUGAUGAUCCUUAAUAUUCAAGUGGAAUGUAUGAUGUAUACAUCGUUGGCUGCAUAUUACUAUCAUGGAAUAUUGAUAAAUAUAAUGUAUGUAAUUCAUUGCCAAACUUUGAAAUAAUUAAACUAUGAAAUAAUAAAGUAAUGAAAUUAUGGAAAUGUGAAAUAAGUGAAAUAUUUAAAAAUGAAUCUCUUUAAUGCUGUGAUUGGAUCAUGCUGCACUGAAUUAUCCAAAGCACUUUAUUAAAUAAAAACUUUAUUACAGCCUUUCAAGAUGGGAAUAAAGAUUAACAUUCAUUAUGCUGCUAGAAAAAAAAUAAACAAGCUGCAAAUAUAUACAAAGUUAUAUUUAUAUUUUAAAUCUGACUCUUGAUAUGUGUCACAGUGUUAGAGGUAGUAAAUGUAUCCAUUGUUAAUGAUAACUCAAACUUAAAAGAACACGUAGGAGUAUAAUAAUAUUAUUAACUUGCAAACAAGUUUGAUGAAUUGAAUCAAAAUUUAAAGUUUAAAUGUCUUGUUGAAGCCAUAUGAACUUUGACGUGGAAAUGUUCAUUUUGAUAAAAACAAACAGAUGUAUUGAGACACUGAUUUUAAAAGUAAUACACAUGUUUUGCUUUGUAUAUGACCAGAUUUCAGGAUUGCAUCAUAUGUGAGUCUUGCUCAAAAAAGGUAUUGGUUUAAUAAAUUUCAAACCUGAUAAUAGAAAAUAACAAAUUAUCACUUUGCUUGCAGGAGGGCAGUAAGUUGCCUGUGCGUGGUGAAUGUAAAUUCCUGUGGCUAAAGGCCGUUGACUCAAGUAUAUGCUACGCAAAAUGUUCAAUGGUGUGAGAGUUAACACCCUUCUGCUUGGCAAACGGGAAUGGGAAUUGAUGUUCUUUACAUCCUACUGCCCUUCUAGCACCCAGGUGACAAAAUCACGGACUUGCAUUGAUUAACAAAAUGUGGGGAUUGAUAUACCAUAGGAACACAUUUUGUCAGUGGAUAAAAAAAACGUACUUCAAUUGAAAUAUUUGCAAUUUUUUAUAAAACAUUUGUAUCACAGGAGAAUGAAAGUCAAAAUGUACAAAUCUUGCUUAUUGGUUAAAAAAAACUGAAGUCUGGAAAAGUUCACAAUAUGGACUGUAUCAUGCUUUGUCUGCACCAAUCUGUAAUAUAUACACUAUAUAUCGUGAGAUGAACCACCUACAAUGAUCUGUACUAACCAAUAUUAUUAAUCAUAGCAAUGAUAUCAUUUGUAAUUCUAAAAGUUGAAAUAUUUCAAAUCCUAGUGAUUGCAAAGCUACAAUCUCCUUGUACUUUAUUUUGUAGCAUCCAUGAGAACACUAAGGAAUGAGAAAAGAUCUAUGCCAAAUUCUGAGCAGAAUGAAGCAUAAAAUGUAUUGGUCACUUCUUAUUAUGAGAAUAUAUUGGCAACUCCAGGAUGGAAAUUCUUUUGCAUGUGUACAUUGAAUGAAUCUUUUUAAAAGUGAGUUUUAUGUAUUACACAAUGCAAAAUCUUUAUAUUUGACUUUCAUUCUCCUAUCAAUAUAAGAAAGAUGAUUUGAGGAGCUACUGCUUUUCUAUGCUCCCUAUGUGGAAUGAAAUGAGGCAAAAUGUAAAAAAAAUAAUGCUUCUAUACUUUCUGCUUCAAAUUAGUCUUUAAGUGGAAAAACUGUGCAGGAUAUCUAUAAAUGAUAGUACCAAUGAUAUCAUCUUUGAUGACUGAAAUAAACUAAAUUGUGCCUAAAGUUUAACAUGGAGCAUCUCAUUGUAUUUGCCCAAAUGAAUAAAAUUCAGUGACCAAUUCUUCAAGGUAAAUGUAUCCAAGUGCCAAAGAAGAAUAUAUGUUUUUGUUCAUUUCUGGAAAGACCUGUGGAGUAAAAAGAUUACAGAUGUUUGUAAUGAGCUAGUAAGAAAUAUCUUAAAUAAGCUGAAAUUUGUAUGAAAAGUGUAACAAUAAAUAAGGUAGUCACUGGUAAUUUGAAGGUAGAAUUUAACUGGAAAUUUUCUCUCUUGUUGGAUGCAUGUAAGAUUAAGUCUAUGGACUCUUUUAAGAGUUCAAAUGAUACAAGUAUGUAAUAAUAGUGUUUUACCAAUGGUCAGCAGCUACCAGUGAUGUCACAAUGGAUGUCAAAGUUAGUCUUGCUAACAGACUGGAUCUCGCCAUGGAAUAUGUUUUUUUCAGCCAGACUACAAAUCUAUGUUCCAUCAUAUGAGAUGAUGGGUUAAGAAUCCAUCGGCCAGUAGUUGUGGUAUAAAGCUCCAAACCUGGAUGUUUAAAAACUACUAAUGAUACCGGAGGAAAGCUUGUGUAGUCUAUCAAGUGAAAAAAAACCUUGGAAUUUGUGAAUUUUCUGGCAAAUUGUGGAGAGUCCAUGAGGAACAAGCACUGCCAGCAUUCAUAUCCAGAUCUUUGAAAUGUAAGGUGUAAAAUGAACUAUGCUAAGUUAAGUAUUACUCUUUGGUGAUCCGUAGAGGUAACAAACGGAUGUAUAGUGUGUGAAAACAGCCGUUAUAAAAAAAGGUGUUUGCUGCUUGCUUAGGAAAUGAUGCUAUUCAAGACGAAAAGACUGUAGUGCAGAAAUUCUGAAAUUAUUUUAAUGUGUUUGAAAAACACAUUUUUUUUUUUACUUUAAUUUCUCAUCAACUGUUAUUGUAUUUUUUUUCUUUUACUUUGAUACUGUUGUGUGUUUGUAAAAGAUGAGAACUUGUGUCAUAUCCUCUGAAAUGUACAUUGUUUGUUUUCUUAUUAAUGGUAUGAACUCAAAAGAGCUUUGUACGUCUGGGUUUUUUUUUUUGCAGAGCAAAAAGUUAGGGUGAUGUAUGGUACUCUACUUAUGCUGCUUGAAAUCCUGAAUUUGAAAGAUCGUCAUGUCUAAAGAUUUAAAACUUGUGCAAUAUUUCUAUUUCAUUACGUUUUUUUAAUUAUCAUUUUAGUGCUGAAAUAAGUAAAUUGUUUAAAUGUGAUUUGCAUCUUAGGGGAUGGUCAGCUUUUUACUGUGAGUUUUCGAUUACGUUUAGUAGAUGUAAUUAAGAUGCUAAGAGUGAUUAGUUCUACCAGAUAGUUAUAUUAAGAACCAAACAAACCCUAAACAAGCAUGGUUACCCUUUUUAUCACUAGUAUAUAUUAGGUAAUACACUAGAGUAAGCUACAUCAAUUCACUGAACAAAACUAUCUAUGAUGUUACAAGAAUGUUGGAGAGUAUGAAAUGCUACUUGGGAUGAUGAUAUUUGUUUUGUUUUUUCAUCUUCUUUAUUUGGGUAAUAGGUAUUGAUUGUGGGGGAAAUCUGUACAGAAUGUUAGGUAGGUAGGACUACAGAGGUGGAAUUAUAUAUAUUGUAGUUUUCUAUCUACCUGUAUGUGUGUGGUGGGGCACAAGGAGAAAUGUAUAUAAAAAGAGCCCACUAACACACGAUUGAUAUUUACAUUGCAGAAUAACACUUUUUACUAGUCACACACACAAAACAUUUCAAUCUUUGGAUUCAUAAAGAAUACACCUUCAAUUUGUUUCUACCUUACGGUGCAGUGCUAGAAUGAACAUAAAUGAAGGGAAUGUCUUUAAAUUUUGGAGAUGUGGUAUUCACAUUUAAAGGUGUACCUUUUCAUUUGUGUCAUUCUUAAAGGCUGCUUCAUUAAAAUGCACCUUUAAAGCACAUAGCAUGAUUUCAAGUUACAAUAUCUACAUUUCACAGAAAUAUUAUAUAUAUAAAUAUAUAUCUAUACAUAUUUACAUUACAGUGACACAAUUUAUCUGUCUUUUAUAAUAGAUUUUUUUUCAUUUGGCUAUACCCACUUGACAAUCUAACACAAUUUUAAUUUUUAUUUCUUCUUGUUGAAAUCUUAUGAUUGUGAUGCCUGUCUAGAAGUAUGAUGUGAUGUAUAUGGUUACAUUGAAGUCGUGGAUGUAAAUAUUUCAUAGAUUAAGAGAAAUUACACAAAAUGGCUGGGUGAGUAUUCUUGAAAUAUUCUAUUAAAAAAAGAUUCACUGAAAUAGAUGAGGUUUGAAAAGAUAUAGCUGUUGACUGGAAAAGGGUUUAUAUUGACAGCAAAGCCAUCAACAAUCUGUCCAAUCACAAGAUAUUUUGAGAUCGAUCCAUUGGAGAAAAUAUGAAAAUACAGUCUGCAUAUUGAUACAUUGCUAUAUAUUUAUACCACAAUGUUCUUAUGAAAUAUGUCAAGUUUUAUUCUUAUCUGUCAAGUAGCAAAUUGAUUGAUGUUUGUUAUUAUUUAUCAUGCUUUGCAGCUAUACUUGUGUAUUUUCCACUGUUCUUUUUUUUUCCUUCAAUCACAUGACCCGGUUGUAUACUGGUGACUCUGUUCUGCAGGUUCCUAUAAAUUAUUACCGGUAGUCUUUAACGUUAUAACAGUUUUUAUUUUUCAGUUCUUUGCUUGCAUGAAAUCUGUCUAUUAUUUUUUUAUAAGAGCUGGUGUAUUAUCACAAUGCAGUUUUUCCUAUUAUCUGAAAUAGAUGUACUCUCUUGUGUAUAGUGAAUGAAAUCCCUAGCAAUUGUUUUAUUUUGUAUCCUUGUACUAAUUAGAUUAUUAGCAGCUGAUGCAACCUUUAGACACAGACAAUGUCAUCCAAACCUAACUGUAAACUUAUCAAACUGAAAUCUAAAACUUGUUUUACAAUUUUUUUCCAACAUCCAUUCUAAUGUCCCUUAAAUUUGUGUAAAUAACUUGUUCUAUGUUGUGAAUAUUUCCAAAAUAAGAUUAUCUCACAUAAAUUCCAAUAUACUUCCUAACAGUUAUAUGAACCACUCAUUACUUGAUUCAUGAAUUUAUUCAGAAAUUUUAAUAAAUAUACAUGAAGGUUAUAUUACAAAUUGACAUUGACAUUUAGCAUAUCAUUUACAAAUUUAUUAUUGAUAUUGUAAAAGAAUUUAAAAAAAAUGAAGAAAUGGUGUUUUAAAUGAUGAAAAUACCCAAGAACAAAAUUUGAACAAGGAGCAAAUUGUCAACAAACAUUUAUCGUUGAUUAACUACAUUUCCAUUUUAAAAGUUCCAUAUUGUUGCUAUAGGCUUAUUAUUAAAAAAGGACAAACCAAAUUACCCAAAGAAAGGUUUAAAUACAUUUGCUAUUGUCAGGCAAAACAUCUUUUGAGUCUUGGGCCACAAAACUUAGCAUCGAGAUUUCCCUCGAUUUUUUCAUCAUAAUCUGGCUAAAUUCUGCAUUCCUCAAUUUUGAUUGGAUAAUAGUUAUCCACCAUUUGUGAUUGGACGAGGGGUUGUUUAAUUAUGAAAUGCUGCCCUCUUGGUUGUAUCCCCCUUAUGAUAAAUAUGCUGCCUUUUAUUUGUGUGAGUUUGAUUGUCAUUGAGAGCUGCAUGGGAAAGAUACAAUGGUGUUAUUUUCAUUAUGCACGUAUAAAUAUGUUUCCAGAUUCCUAUAAAAUGUUUGAUAUUCCAUCAUUUUUUACUUUAGAAAUUAUAACAUAAUAAUUCUAAUGAAUAACCUUCAUUUAAAAUCAAAAUAACAAAUAUUAGUAUGAUUAUAAAACCAAAAAAAUGAAGUAUGUUACUUGGUUACAGAAGGAAUUCAAGGUUGCUAAUCUGGUAAUUAAAAAAUAAUAAUUUUUUGACUUGAACUUGUGAAUCAGGAAAGAGUAUUGACAAAUAGAUAGACAUUGGAACACUAAUAAAAUGUGUGAAGGUUGAGCAUAGUUGUGAGAAGGUUUUGUGUUUUUUAAGAUAAAAGUUUUAGGGAUUUAAAAAAAAAUCUACUAAAUAAAACGGUCGUUGUAUGUAGUUAAUAAUUGCAGCUGAAUCCUGUUAUAGUUUUAAGAAGAAUGUACGCCUUGAGUGAAAUAGGAAGUGUUGAACGUGCUUGUUUUUUUUAAUGAAAGAAUGUUUGUAUUUUAAUUGGAAAUGGGCAGAUGGAUUCAAAUUUGUACAAAUCACCACUGACCCAAGUUUGCCGUGGAUCGUGUCAAAUAAGCUAUAAGCUAAUGAGUUAUUUCGUUUAAAUUCAUUAAUGAGUCAUUUUCGUUUUAAUAUCUGAUGGCUUAUGAAGCUGUCUUGCUUUUUUUCCUUUGCUUUAAUGACAUGUUCAUUUAUAAAUACGCUUCCUUAAGGAAUUAAAAAUAACAUCUUUACCAUUCAAAUUAGAUAUUUUAUCAGUAUAGUAUUUUUAUCUUUUGUAUUUGGUUUUGGGGACGGGGGUAUUGUUUAAUCUUCAUAUUAUGUCGUGUAUUUUCUCUUUAAUGCGAUUUUAAAUCGUCUAAUGUUUCAUAUUUCUUUUGAAUUUAUAUUGACAAUAAAAUCACAGACAUGGUAUGCAAGAACGGUUACCCCGCAAUACAUUUUGGAUGUAUUUGAUGAAAAAAGUUUACACGAGAUCAACAUGGAUUGUAAAGGGAAAAAUAAUUAAGAUGCAGUACAAAAUAAUUUUUGGCAGGAUUUUUUUUUUUUUUUUUUUUGGGGGGGGGGAUCAAAUACAUGUAAUUAUAUCGGGGAUGGCUAUGAUUCACAAAAAUAACUGAGUUUAUGCGACAAACGACAUGAAACAGAAUUUUGGCCCAAAUUAAGGAAAUAAACACUUUUCUUUAGAUUUGAUUACUUUUAUAAAUGAAUUUAUUUUGAUCAAGCAAUUAAUUUUUUUUUUUUUUACAAACACAAAUAGAAAAUAAUGAACAAACGACUUUAUUUUCUAUUGACAUCACUCAAACCAUACUUAAAUCAUGUUUUAAGAUUGUGGAAAUUGUUGCAAAGUGAAAAUCUCAAUUUUUAUUUUUUACAAUCAAAUCCCAGCAAUGCUCAAUUCUAAUAAUGUGAAAUCGGACCCCCCCCCCCUUUUGUAGGUCGACCUAUUCAAUGGUGUAAGUUAAAAUAAUUCAUUAUUUUAUCAAAUGGCAAUUUAUCUGUGUAAAUGAUUACUAGAAUUUGCGAAUUUAUUUUAAGGUUAAUAUUCGUGCUGGUUGCCUGGUUCACAUGAAAAUUAAUUGGCGACAGCUUUUCAAAGAUUUUGAUGUACUUCACGCUAAGAAUCGUCAUGAAUAUCAUAAUGAUUAGGUAUCAUACAAAACACCAUUAAAUUACAUUCGAUUGCCUUGUCGAACUUUUUUCUCAUACACCGAUCUUUGGACAGAAAAGGAGAAUAUUUCUUUCAAAAUAAAAAUCAAGGUCAAGUCAUGAUCAGGCGAUUAUGACUUUACAAGUACUGAAAUGAAAACAAUGCAUUGAAAACACAUUACAAAGACCUAAUAUACCAAUAUACUUUUUAUCAUGAUAUGAAUUUGUUAGCCUUUUUACCCAAAUCCCGUUUGAUGUUGUGUUUUACUCAUAAUGCCCUUAAAAGUGUGGUUAUAAACAUUUAGCCAAUCCGAUGUUGACAUUCGCAAUCGUGUUUUUUUAUGCUGCUUGAGAAAAAAAAAUGGGGUGUAACCUCCUAUUGUAUUGUCAUCUGUUUUGUAUUUCACCAUGAAACCUAUAAGGUUUCCAUGUAAACUCAUUUGCUUUCUUACCAUCACUAAUUAUGUAUCACUCAAUAUAGUUAUGGUAUCGUUUAGCUCUUUUAAUCAAAAUGAAAUGAAUUAAUCCGUUCUCGUAAACUAUUUUGUUAUUGUCUGUCAAAGAACUAUUUCCAUCUAUUCUUUUUUUGUGUUUUGAUGUUAUUUUUUCGUGCUUGUUUAUACGAAGCAUUAUUUGUUGGCAAAUAAAAUGGCUCCAAAGGUUUAUGGAAUAUU